GGCGUGUCCGGCACUUCCGUGACGUCACGACGUCUGCGGCGAGAAGAGAGAGUGAUCACAGAGCAGUAGUCAUAGCGGCUAGGGCGUGUAGCUUCCAACGCCGUUUCUCACCGGAGUUCGCACGCGAGGUCACUGGAGCUUUCGCCUUUCAGUCGUUCCGACGGAGAAGUGGAGUGUGGAGCGCGGAGGACUUGACUGUGAGCAGUAAUGGGUGACUACGUGCCGGAACCAACGGUGAGACCAGCGGCAGACUUCAACGCAGCAGAAGAUGGAGCAACACUGAGGGCCGCUAUGAAGGGUCUGGGCACAGACGAGCAGGCGAUUAUAGACAUUCUCACACAGCGCUCGAAUGACCAGCGACAGCAGAUUGCAAAGUUCUUCACAGAGGAAUAUGGCAGGGACUUAAUAGAAGACCUAAAGAGUGAGCUCGGUGGUCACUUUGAGGAUGUUAUAGUGGCACUGGUUGUGCCUCAUUUUGAUUACCUCGCAAAACAGCUCCACAAAGCUAUGGCAGGCCUGGGCACAGAUGAAGAAACACUUGUGGAAAUUCUCUGCAGCAAGACCAAUGAGGAAGUAAAGAAGAUUGUUGAAGCUUAUGAAAGAUUGUAUGACAGACCCCUCGCUGAGCAUUUGUGCAGUGAAACAUCUGGGGAUUUCCGCCGUCUGCUGACACUGAUAAUUACUCGGAUGAUUACAGAUGGAGUGCGUGAUGAUGAAUCUCUUGACCCUGAAAAGGCAAAAGAUGAGGCUCAGCAACUCUACGAAGCAGGAGAGCUAAAGCUUGGGACAGAUGAAGAGGUCUUCAAUCGGAUUAUGGCCCAUGAGAGCUUUGCCCAACUACGGCUAAUAUUUGAAGAGUACAAAAACAUUUCCGGCCGCACAAUUGAACAGGCUCUGGAGUCUGAGCUUUCAGGAGAAUUGCUGCUUGCUAUGAUGGCUUUAGUGGAAUGCGUGCAAAGUCCUGCUGCAUAUUUUGCAAAACGCUUGCACAAUGCUCUUGCUGGAGCAGGCACGGACGAUAAAACAUUGAUAAGAAUUAUUGUCUCUCGUAGUGAAAUUGAUCUGGGAACCAUAAAGAAAGAAUAUGAAAGAAUUUAUGAUAAAACACUGGAAAGUGCAGUGAAGAGUGACACUUCUGGUGAUUACAAGAGGGCUCUUGUGGCUUUGAUUGGGGGACCAUGAAGAUAAUAUAGUUUGCUGGUUCAUUUGGUGAACUGCCUGGGCCAGUUGAGACAGGGCAGCACACACCGAGAGAGCUGUGAACCAAAGAUAAAAGCUAAGUAUUACUUUUCUCUUGGUUGGAAUCACACAUAAUUAGCUUUCCCAUACUAUACACUUCAGCAUAUUAGUACAGUGUCUUAGUAAAUGCUCUAUAUAAUUCAGGGCAAAAUAUCAUACCGAAUCUAACAAUAGAAGCUCUUGGAAGGACAUAAAUAAUUGCAAUAUUGGUGGCCAAGAAGUUGUGAGAGAACACUGUACUCCCAGCAAGAGAAUGAAAUGGAAAUAUAACCACAGAUCAGUGAUGAUGAGAUCCUUAAAUUACUGAAAACAUAAUCUAUUCUUUCAAUUUGAGUAUUACAGUUAAA